AUUUAUAAAAGUUACGGUAAACACGUUGGUUUGUUUACGGAAUUUGGGGGCGUGGCUGUAUCGAAGAUCGAUUGGCUUAAGAUUUCGCGGUUCUGUAGGUUAAAAUCAUGCUAGGCAUGUAUAUUGUAUUGGGUUGUAUUAAGGGGCUUUUAAGUCAUUCGAAGUUUCGCUGCUUUAAGUGCAACAGCUACUAGUACUAAUGUCGAAGCAAAAAGAUUUUUUGGCUGAUUAUCGGCAACCUUCAGACGAAGAUUCCUUGCUGAAUGACAUUCCUUCUGUCCAUAAGGAUUCUACGCAGAAUUUGGACACCCCUGUCGUUAUUCCGCAGACAGAGAAACCCUCGUCAGACCUGGCCGACACCUUUAAUCUCUUCAAGACGUAUUUAGACUCAAAGCUGAACACUCUGAAGGAAGAACUUUCUGUGGGUAACGAUUUUGACGAUUUGGCUAAGAAACUCAAGAAAGACGUUUCUGUGUCUUUUAAACACGAAGGCAACAAGAUUCAAUUUGAAUUCAAUUCUGAAAUUCUGAACGAUUUAUCUAAAGUACAGAAAAAGUUGUCAGUUAAAGAUUCUGCUUCUGCUGCCAUUAUUUCUUCUGUUAUUAACAAGAUUAACAAGAGAAACAAGCUCAUUCGUAUAGCAGAUAAAUCACCAGCGGGUUGGACUACUGUAAGAGAAUACGAGAGUGAUGACCUCGCCUCUAAUUCGGACGACGAAAAACGUAUGCGACAGGCAGAGAAUAGGGCGCUCCGGGUACUCAGAGAGAAACGAAGAUUCAAGCCUUAUUCCAACAGGAAUGCAUCAGCGACGAUUUCUGCUCCUCCUGACCGUAGGCCUACUCCUUCUCAGCAGCCCUUUCGUUUCUCAAGGCGUCGUGAAGCAUCCCCAUACGACAUCUGUUACAACUGUAGAAAAUACGGGCACUGGAAGUCGCAAUGCACAGCAACCCCCAAAUCAAGUUCCCAAUCUCAGGCCACAAACAAUUCAAGUACCCAGUAAAUCAAUUGAAAAGUAUGACAUUUUUGUUCAUGAUUCAAUUUUGAACGAGCAAAUUGAUUUGUUUUUGAAUCAAGUAGAUUAUUUUGAAAAAUUACCUGUUUAUGGCAAAGGUGUUAAAGGAAACUUAGCUAAGCAUGUUGAAUACUGGAAAAGUAUUGGUGCUAGCGAUUUUGUUAUUGAUACCAUUAAUAACGGUUAUGUAGUUCCUUUUCAGACGGCACCACCUCCAAUGAAGUUCAAGAAUAAUAAGUCAGCUCUUGAAAAUGUUGAAUUUGUAAAUAGUUCGAUUUCAGAUCUGUUAGAAUCCGGCUGCAUUGAGAAAGUUCCUUUCCAGCCUUUUGUUGUUAGCCCACUUAGUGUUGCAGUUAACAAAGGUUCGGGUAAAAAGAGGCUAAUUUUAGAUUUGAGCGAAUUGAAUAAAUUUGUAGAUAAAAAGAAAGUAAAGUUUGAAGAUUGGAAUGUCGCUUUGAAUUUUUUCCAAAAAGAAUGUUUUCUUUUUAAAUUCGAUUUAAAAUCAGGAUACCAUCAUAUUGAUUUAUGUAGA